AGAAAACCGCCAAAGCCGAACGUGCCCCAGUCACGGCCGUUGGGGUCCGAACGGCGGAGAGAGGUAAAAAGGAGCUGCACAGCCGAACGCGGCAGCUCCCGACUCCCGCCCCACCGGCGGCCGCCAUUUUGUGCGGGCGUCCCCAGGCACCGCCCCCCCCGCCCGGGCUCCCCCUCCCGGCCCGGCUCGGGAGCGCGCAGGGCGGCGGGAGCGCGCACGCCGGGGGGGCCGGUCCGGAGGAGCCGCGGGACCCCCGGGCCGCUGGCGCCAUCAUGUACCGCUCCGGCAGCGGCCGCUCCGGCCCUUCGUCCUCCUCCUCCUCCUCCUCCUCCCACCGGCUGAAGGAGGGCGGCUCGUCGGCGUCCCGCGCCUCCCGCUUCAGCGCAUCGGGGCCGGGGCCAGGCCACGGCCGGCCUCCCCCGCCGAUGCCCGCCGCCGCUUGCGCCGCCGCCUCGCCGCCGCGCUCCGCUUCGCCCCGUCCGCCGCCGCUCCGCCGCCACCGCUCCCCAUCGGGGCACCGCGGGCCCUGCCGCCGGUCCCCGUCGCCGCACCGCAGCCGGAGGUUGCCGUCGCCGCCGGGAGGAGCGGGGCUCGGCGGGCCCCGGGGCCGCCGGGGCAGCGAGCACGGAGACGGCGGCAGCAGCCGGAGGCGUUCACCGAGUCUGCGCUCGGAAGCUUCCCUGGAGCACAGUUUGCGCAUUACCGUGGGCAAUGACCGCUAUUGCAUUGGCACGCCGGAGCGGAGGAGGCUGCCCGACAGACUGGGCUCACCAGCUGAUAACCUGAGUGACAGGGAUGAUGUGGCUGACGGUCCAAUAUUCACUAAAGGCCUCACGUGUCCUCGCGGCCUUGAGAGGUACCCAGCUCAUGAGGAUCAGCCGUCGAGUCCCUUCCUUCCGAGGCAUGACGAGGACUACCGCAGCCGAGACGUCCUGCACCGGCCAGAGUACAGUCCACACUAUGGCCGUCGGGAGGAGCUGCCUCGAGCCGACAGGGAUGGCGACAAACUCAGGAGAUCCCCCUACCCACUGAGGCCGGAGGAGAGGGGACGAGAAAUAAAGCGUCCGCGGUAUGAAAAGGAUGAGAAGAUGCAUGGUGUGAGUGGAGAGCAUCAGGGUUUCUCAUCAGGAACACGAAACUACCGCAGGCGAAGCCGCAGCCGUAGCAGAAGCCUGAGCCCAUCAUACCUGAAUGAAGAAUUCCGAGAGCUUGACCGUGCAAGGAGGAAAAGAGAAGAAGAAGAGCGCAGUCGAAACUUGAAUCAUGAUAUUUCAGGCAGUGGCUACACGAUCCCUGGCUUGACUAACACAUUACAGACUCCUGAGCCUCGGUACACAUACAGGCCUGAAGAAAUCCCACCCAUGCCCAAAAAAUCUAUUUUGAAGAAACGAGUAGAGAUGGAAGUAGAGUCUGCUGUUCAGCCCGAGAGCUUUUCAAGCAGUCCAGCCCCCAGCAAGGAUCUUCCUCUUCUUUCUAGUCAGUCUUCUUUGCCCCAGACCAACAACAUAGCUCCUUUUGCUUCUGAAGUGGAAAACUUUCUCAAACGGUUUAACAAAGGCUCUCUUGUGGAGGCUUCAGACAAGGAGUUGCAUGAAGGUUUGUGUGAGUGGAACCCACUCUCUGGGCCUCCCAAAGACAAUUUGGUGUUUGAAGAGAACUUUGGAAGCUUCUUAAGUCACAAAGAAAAAGUAGAACCCAAGGCAGAGCCCACUGAUCGCCAUACUGACUUCCUGCUGCCUCAUGAGAGGGCCAGUCAGGAUGGCAGUGGUUUCUCCCGAAUUCUGGGCAUGAUGGCUGAUUCUGUCAGUGCUCAGGAGAAGAGGAGGCGUAGCUUUCCUGACAUUGAGGACGAAGAGAAAUUUCUUUAUGGUGAUGAGGAUGAAGAGACCAAAACUGAAUCUCUCCCCAUAGAGAAGCCCCCGGUAAGUUGUGGCAAUGAGAUAAUAAUACAGAAAAUGAGCCCACCUCCUUCUCCUGCUCCAGCUGUCAAGAUGGAUCCUUUAGAAGAGCCAAACGCAGAGUAUGCAAAGAUCCACGACUUACUCAAAACCAUUGGACUUGACAUUGGUGUUGCUGAAAUUGGAAAACUGGCCGUUCGUACCCAGGAGCGCCUUCACGGCAAAAAGCUGGCGUCUCGUUCUCCGGAGCGCCGCUCUGCCGACACUCGCCGACUGGACGCCUGGGAGCUGCGCCGCAGCCGCAGUGACACCCGCUCUCCUGAGUCCGGCCAGCAGCGCUCAGCGUCACCCCCGGGCUCUUUCCAGCAGCCCAAAGAUGCAGCCUCUCUUCAGAAACCAGACUAUGCUAUGGACAAGCUGGUGGGACAGGAGAUAGCUCUACCUGCACCUGAACAGUGUCUUCCUUCUGUCUCUCUCAUUCCUGCAAUUCCACCAACCCCUGCUAGUUUGCCACCUACACCUACUUCUGUUUCCCAGUACCAAAUUCCCAGCUAUUCCCACUACACUGCUGCUCAAAUGCCCCAAAACUAUGCCUCUCCCACAAUGGCUCCUCCAGGAUAUGAUGCAUAUGGGCACUAUAUGGCAUAUGCAGCCUCUGGGUGGCCCAUGUACUCCCCUGCCCAGCAGCCUAAUCCUACGCUACCAGAAGCUCAUGGUCUUCUUACCAUGGCCAUGUCAGCAAACCCCACUCGUCCCAAUCUCCGGGUGAUUGAGACAGUCUCUCUGGGAAAGGAUGUUCCUGAUGUAAAAAGAGAUGGUUCUGUGCUUGUUCAAGUCCCUACCACUCCUUCUCAUUCCAAAACACCCCUUCGUCUGUCAUCACACCCUCUGAAAAAUACCUCAGAAAGGAUGUCGGAUGAAAAAAAUCGGGCAGCUCAAAAGCAGAAGGUGAUAGAAGAGAGAGAAAAACUGAAGACGGAUCGAGAAGCACGGCAGAAGAAGCUUUACUAUCUCAAGACUGAAUUGGACAGGCUUCGUAAACAGCAAGGUGAGAUGUUGAGGAAAAAACGUCGUGAGAAGGACGGACACAAAGACCCCUUGUUGGUUGAGGUGAACAGACUGCAAGAGAAUAUUAUGAAGGAGAUUGCGGAGCUGCAUAAAGAAUCUGAUGCAGCUGACAAGAAGCAGUCUGAGCUUGACAAAGUAGCACAAAUCCUGGGGAUUAACAUAUUUGAAAAACCCCGGAAACCAUCUGUGGAAACUAAAGAUUCCUCGGAAAAGAACAGCAAGUCAGAAAAUGCAAAAGGCGUAGAGAAAACAUCUUCCUCCAACAAGGAAUCAAAAACUCCUAAUGAAAAAUCGAGAGGUAGAAGCCCGAAGCCAGCAGAAUCCUCUUCACAGUCCUCCAAACAUCCUUUCCAGUUGGCCAAUAUUUAUGAAUAUUAUGAUGCAGGGAACCACUGGUGCAAAGACUGCAAUACCAUCUGCGGGACCAUGUUUGACUUUUUCACACACAUGCAUAAUAAGAAACACAGACAGACCCUGGAUCCUUACAACAGACCUUGGGCUUCGAAGACCCAGAGCGAGACCAAACAAGAGUCCAUAAAACGCAUUGAUAAGAUAACGGUUCCUGCCAAAGGCUCUGAGUUUCUGAUUCCCAUCACUGGAUAUUAUUGCCAGCUCUGUCAUGAAUUUUUUGGAGAUCAGAUCUCAGCAGAGCAGCAUGUGAAAAGUCAUCCCCACAAUGAGAAGUAUAAGAAACACAUAGAUGAAAACCCACUCUAUGAAGAGAGGAGAAAUCUGGACCGUCAGGCUGGAUUGGCUGUAGUUCUGGAAACAGAGCGCCGGCGGCAAAAUGAGCUGAAACGGAAACUGGUUGAGAAACAGAAGGAAGAGAAGGAUGAGAAAACCCCAAAAAUAAUAAAGAAGGAGGAAGUAAAGAGCAUCCCAGAGUCAGGAGAAGGGAAUAAUGAAACUCAAGGCAAAAUGGAUUCUUCUGGGCGAAAAAUGGGUAUCACAGUAAAGCUAAAGAAGGAAGAGAAGACAGAGGAGAAAAAAGAAGAAAAGAAAGAGGAAUUGAAAAAGGAAUCACCAAGCCAGACCUCCUUUGGGAAAUUCAGCUGGAAAAAGACUGAGAGAGAGGAUAAAACUCCAGGAGCUAUUCCAAAGGAAGAGAAUACAGAAGGAAACAAAGAGGAGAACAAAUGUCAGCCCGUGAAAUCCCAUAUCAAGCCCAUUGAAAUCAAGCUGUCUGGGAAAACUGUUAUUCCACACACGAGCCCAUGGAUACCAGUUGUUUCCACUCCGACACCAACAAAAAUUCUCCCCAAUCUACCAGUCCCCACCAUGAUUUUCAGGAAGUCUACUACUGCAACAGUUAGUAAACCACCACCUCUGAACACCUUUUUAUCCAUAAAAUCCUCUGGAACUACCACCAAACCACUGCCAGUGGUAAAAGAAACAAAUGCAGAUCUUCUACUGCCUCCGGAUAUCAUAUCAAAAGCUUUUGGAGGAGAAGAAGUAAUUUUAAAAGGCUCAGAAGAGGAUUUGAAAGCAGCAGAGAAAAAUGAGUCUUCUCAGACUGCAGAGAAACCUCCUCCACCUCAUCCUCCCCCAGCAGUCCAGCCAGCAGCUGUCAUCCCUGCAGAUGAAGUAGCUCCAGGUGUGUCUGAAAGUGAACAGACAAUGUUGGCAACGCCUGUGAGACCACCACCACCUUCAACUACUUUCAGUGAACAAGCAAAAAAGAUAGAGAAACGAAAUUCUUGCUUGGCCACAGCCAAUGCUAAAGAUCUCUAUGAUAUUUUCUACAGUAGUGGUGGAAAGGGUUCAGCUGACAGCAAGCUUGCAAGUUCUGCGCUUCCAAAUGGAGAAAACCCUAACUUGACAAAACCUGCAGAUUUAUCUGCAAAUCACAGAACAAAUAGUAGCUCAUCCUCGUUGAAGGAGGAUUCUGAGAAUGUGGAUUCCUCACAGUGCAAUAAUCAAGUGACAGGGAGUUUGGUUCCUGUUGAAAAUCAGGCUGAAAUGAACAAGAAAUCACUUCAGUCUCCCCUGUCAGAAAUUUCAGUCACAGAAUUACCAGAAAAAAACCCUGUUUCUGGUAUCCAGAUGCCUGCAAAAAUUGGGCGUGUUGAUACAGGAGGUGGAGAGCAGGCAGGCAGUCUGGAAUUCUGUGAUCUACAGAAAACUGAGGUCCAAGAGAAGGUUGGACAGGAAGAUGGAAAUAAAACUCCAGUUACAAACACAAAUAUUCCUGGUACCUUGGAGACAGAGACAAAAAACUGGGAAAUAAAAGCAGUAAAGCCUAAGCAUAGCCUACAUGCAAAGACUUUGUUACCUGAGACACAGAACAAAAUUAAAAGUUUGGGAAAUUCCCAUUUGGUAAAUGUAAAUGAUAACUGUAGAACUCACUCAGAAACUGAUAGUCCAGACUUGCUCUGGGGCAAUUCUAGAACUAGUAAUGGAAAAGAACAGAUAGUCACAACUCAUUCUGGUUCUGAUGAGGUUGAUGCUUCAGAAUUGAUAGAGGGACAGACAGAAACUAAAAGUACUCUAUUAGAAACUCAAGAAAAAGUUCAACCUAAACCUUCAGGCCAUAUAGUGUUAGAUAACCAAACCCAGAAGCAGGGAGUUGAACGGUUAGUCAGUACCUGCUCAAACAUUGCUGAACUCAGAUCCAAUCUGGAAUUAGCAGCUGAAAAUGAAAAAAAGUCAUUAGGACACACUGGGUCUGAUGCAAGAUUAGAUAAUUUUCUUUUCAAGAGACCAUCAGAGGAUGUGAAACACAUCAAGAUUCCCUCCCAGAAAGCAGAGCUUGAGUUGAAAAGCACUGAUUUCAGUUUGGGAGACAACAAGGUAAAACAUGAAUGUUUCAGCAUCCUUUCAGAAGGACUUUUAAAGGAAAAUACAGAAGAAGUCACAAAAGUAGAAACUAUUGCGUCCAUUAAGCUAGAGUCUAGUAAACUUAAAAAACUGGGCAUUGAAAGAACAGUGAAUGAAACAGAGAUUAGUGAUAUUGUUACAUUGACUUCUGGUAGUUGUGAAGAUAAAAUUUGCACACGGAUUUCUCAGAAACCUAUGCUGCAGCCUGGAUCACAGACCUCAAAUAGUGACACUACAGAAGUGGUCAUGCCAGUUCUAGAAAUGCAGGGCAUUUCACCCACGUCUGAGGUACGUGUGCAAGUGAAGGACAGCAAAGAUGGCACUGUUGAAAUGCUGUCACUAAGUUGUGACAGAGGCAGCACAGAAAGUCAGGCUUCUGGGUGCGUGCAAACUUUAAUGCCUGGGCUCAAAGAAACACAUGGGAAGGUGGGUGGCUCAGGAGGCAAGGGAAUGUGCACCAUCCAGAGCAAGAAGACUGAGCAAACAGAAGCUCCUGACGGUAGUUUGGAAGCUACGGUGAAUUCAGGAAUUGCUGAAAACAUAGCAGAAAGCCCAAUGGGUUGAAGUAAACCCAGCCAGUCCCAAUAUUUGAGGAGCCAGAGCUGGGAUUAUGUAUAUGGUUUUUGUUUGUUUUUCUUUUUGUUCCAGCUGAGAUUUUUGGGUGUAUUUUGCAUUCUGUGGUAGGACUUGACUAAAGUGAAACGUAAGUCAUCAGAAGGCAGUCACAUACUUUAUUCUGUAUAUAAUUAAUUGUGUAAAAUGUUUUUUCAUGUGAAUUUUGUUGCCAAUUUCUUUUCUACACUCUGCUAUUAAAAUGGAAUCUCGUUUAUAAUGCGUGCGUCUUCUUUAUUUUGGGGGCUUUAUUCUUUGACCAUUCCUGGGUGAUUUCCAGCUCACCCAGUUUGUGUCAGUAGCACCGUGAGUAGCCCAGCUGCUGAGACAAGCUCAAGAACAGCAAUUUAGAACUGAGGAAAUGGAGACUUGCAGAAGACCUAAACUGAAAAUUUCUUUGAACUGUAAUGCAUGGGUUUGUUUACUUUUGUUGUUUGAAAUGCAAGAAUGUGUUUAGAGUUGAUUUUGUUUGUCUGUUUAUCUGUCUCUGUGCUUUGUAAUUGCUGUUGUAUUACAUCUGUACUUAAGGUGUUUCACUGUAUUGUAUAAGCACAUGUAUGGAUGCCACAUCACUAAGCGAGGGGAGAAAAUCUGUCCCGCCUGGCUUUUGGAGAAGAAAACUAAUCGGUAAGGCUCUGUGGCCUGACACCUGGACCAGACAUAUUGAGGUCACUUACAUGAUUUGAAAUGGGCUUUCUUUCAUUUUAUUGUGAUCCAGUAACUAUUUGUGUUAAAUCAUUUAGCAGCUGACCAGCUCUGAAGAAGUAGAAGAUCAGAACCCUGGUGUCAGGAAUUGGACUCGCUUCAUGUGAUACAGACACAUGCAUGCCUACCCUGAAUGGUCCUUGAGCUAUUGAGUGUGAUGGUUCUCAUUUGUAUAGCUUGUUAAAGAGUAAAGUAUUAAAUGUGUUUCCUUGGAUAAAUAUAACAUUUUUAUUUGUAAAUUGUUUAAAAAAUAAACAUAUGGAGGUGAACAAGGCUUUCUUCUUGGUUUUCUUUUUUUCCUUAACUCAGUAAAAGUGGUUUUCUUUCAAUUAGUUUCUGACUCCUGUAGUAGUUGAUGAAAUUGAGAAACUGUAGGGGAUGAAGAUACUCAACAGUUAGCCUGCUCAAUAAAAACCAGUUAAUUCCCAGCUGAAGUCAAUGGAAGGACUACUGUCAACAUCAUCAGUGGAAGUCUGUUUGAAGUCCUGAACCCUGUGUAAAACCAGAGGUGGGGCAUCAGGGAGGGACCCCAGAAGAGCUUGAAUUUCUGUAAUCACUACCUGCACAUGGACCUCUGGAGAACGCAAAAUCACCAUUUCUCUUUGUUUGCCGUGACUGUGUGUGAAGAAGGUAUGAAAUGUUUCUCAGAGUCUUACGGUGUUUUCAUAGCAGAAAUGUAAGAACUGUCUAAGUUGAAUUUGGAAAUCUAGUAUAAAUGGUCAAGUCAACAGUAAAAAAGGUAAUUAAGAAGGGAAGAGAGUUUUGAGAAAAUCUCUUUGAGCUGGUUUUAUGAUAAGCAGUUACUGCAUUGAAUAUAGGAAGUCUUUGUUAGUAUUGUUGCCCUACUUUUAUCAGAUAGCUGAUUGACUGUCAAAACCAAAGCAAGCAAGGUUUGACAUGCUUUGAUAGUUUAAAAUGGAGUUGGGCAAUGAGUAGAGAUUGCGUAAAUCCUGAUUUAUAAAAAACUCCUUUGUAGUUUCUUCUUGGUUUUCUCCUGUAUUUUUUAUCAUAUACUUGAGUUUGUUUGUUUGCAUGUGACAGAUAAAUUUUCCCCCAUGUUUUCUUUCCAAUUUUUUCAGUAAAAUGCUUGGUCUCUUAUAAAUCCACAGAGGAGGAGGGGAAUUGAUUUUCUUACCUGUCUUGUAUUGAGAGAUACAAGUGCAGGGAAGGGAAAUAUUAAAGGGAAGGCUGAAUUUUUCUAGAAUUCUGCACUUUAGAUAGUGCUGUUUUGAAGUACACACAUGCUUUCUGGUUAGUUUCCUUCUGCAGAUUGGUUUUCAUGAAGGUUUCAGUGCAUACAGUGGCAAACAGUAAUCUGGACAGUCUUCUUCAGACAACCUUAUUCAAUGCUGUGUUAUCUGUGUGGAACUUAAUUUUAAAAGUUAACUUUAUUUUUGGGGAAAGGACAAUAUAAUUCUGUUAUCCUUGUUCUGUGCUCUGCAGUUGCUUCUACAAGUAAUGGUAGUGGUCAGUGCUGAACAUGAAUGGUGAGGAGCUAGCCAAGGGCAAGCAAGAACUUUGCAAAGGUGAAACUGGAAGUUGUCACCCCAUAUAUGUCUAAAGCUUUCCAGAAUCUGAACUUUCCUGUGGUCUAAAUUAAAUGCUACUUCUCUUCAUGCCCUUUAAUCUAUCCGUGAGAGGAGGUAGGGCUCUUUACUCCUGGAAGGAAGAUUAACUCGGUCUCUUUUGGGGAAGAAGUAAUCCUUGAACGUCUGGAAUGGACAAGAACGUAAUGGGUGGUGUAGGUGAUGACAUCUAGGCAGAUUGGCAGACAAGAGGCAUUUGAGACUGUAAUUUCAUGGAAUGGCAUGUAUUUUUAUUUAUGUAUUUUUUUCUUUCUUUUUUUUUUCCUGUUUUUUUUUUCCCCCUGUGGUUUCCAGAGGCUUGCAGUAAAUGAUUUAUCCACUGUACUCGUUCCCUGUGCUGGCAGAGCUGUAGCAUAGUGCACUGACUGGGAAGCCAAAUUUCUAGGCUGGCCUUCGACUCUUCCAGAUCCUCAGGAGGAGGGGUGAGUUAAUGGGGAUUUACUUGUCUGUUUGAAUGGUGCAAUACAUUACCUCUCCUUCCUGACAUGCUUCUCCAAAAACUGCAUAAAGCAUAAGAAGUUACCUUUUUCCUGGUUUUCAGAAACCUUCUGAUAGGAAGGAAUCAAAUGUAGUUUGAAUGUUUCUAUCUUUACACUACUUCAAACCAGGCACAAAUACCUAGUAAAUUUAAAGAACAGUGGACUAACUCUUAAAUAAUUUGAUGCUGUAACCUUUAGUUUGACAUGGUGAAGGCUGGUCCUUUCUCCUGGAUUAAGUUUGUUGGAACACCAAGCUUGAUUAAGAAGGAGUGGGAGAAGAGACAUAGAAAAGCUGCAGUCAUCCUAUCAAUUUGUUUUAAGGCCAGGUGGAUUUUUAAUUCUUCUGCCAGUCUCUUUGAAUGUACAUUUGGAAAGGAGAAGAAACCUUCAAAUGUUUUAGGCAAAACACAGCAAUUUUUCUUGGGGUAGUCUUUUGAGUAGGUAAACCUUGCUUCUAGCUUGCUGGAAUCUUGUCUUUGACUAAGUUUUAACUAAGCAGUAGAUAGGCUUUUGGGGGGAUUUUUUGUUUGGUUUAGAAUUUUAAAUAGCAUGUGAGCAAGGAAGAAAUGUAGCAACCAUCAUUCUGUUAGUAAAUUUUUUCCAAAUGUAUUUGUGCUCUAGUGGUAAAAAGUAUAAGUAGUAGAUUAAGAUGUAAGGUCUCUGCUGUUCGGCAGAAUCAUCAUCAUGUUUCUGGAAUCAUCAUCCCUGGAAGUGUUCAACAGACACGUGGAUGUGACACUUGGGGACAUGUGUCAGUGGUGAACUCAAUGGUGCUGGGUUAAUGGUUGGACUCAGUGAUCUUAGAAGUCUUUUCCAAUCUUUGUAGUUUUAUGAUUCCUUAAUUUUUGCCAAGGGUGGAAAUAAAUGCCUAAUUCUUAUCUAAGAGAAGCUUCACAAAGAAAUUAAAUUUUGUCAUGGAAACAGUAGGAAAUGUGGGCAAAGGUGAAUUAUUUUUUUAUCCUGGUAAACUCCAAACAGUUUUUAGAAAUACCUAUGAAAGUAAGUGAUGAUAGCAGAAGAUAAAAAAAAAAAAAACAAAAAACACAA